CAGAUCAGCAUCAUGAAUAUUCACGCCUUCACCUAAACGCACCGCCGGUCGCGGAUGGAUGUGUGAUGUCAACGCAGCUCCGUGGAACGUCGCCGUGCGUUUUCUCAUCAUGAUCGUCGCCCUGUUUUUGAGCGGCGUGACGCCUACUUGCAAGACGCCUCCAUGAGGAGAGGGGCGAGCCUCUCUCCUCCGUGAGUGACCCUUCUCCUCCCGCCCUCCUCCUCCUCCUCCUCCUCGGCGCGUCCCUCACAUGUCAGGCAAAGGUGACUUUCAGGCAGUUUUUUCCACUUUUGCGCACCAUGUCGACGAGGCGCAAAUAUGUGCGUGUAGGUCAGGGACGCGGUGGUCGAGCGGACCGCCCAGACUGUGCGUGAGGAGGAAACAGGUAGUGGAAUUUUGCAAGAAGCCAAAAAAUGUGCGGUUUAUUUCAUUGAGAGACACCACCAACAGCAGCGGCAUCGGCAGCAGCAAGGAGAGUGUGUGUCAUGUGUUGCAAGCUUUCAGGGAUUCAGAUUAGCUCCACGCUGCUCACAAACAGAUAAGAAACGCUUGGGGCUGGUCGUUAACAAAAAAUCGUCCCCCCUCUUAAAAAAGGUGGAUUGGUUUAAUUUUCUCUCAAUGUCAUAAUGGACAGGUUGCACUCGUCCAUGCGUAAAAGGCUCUAUAGUCUGCCCCAGCACAUUGGACACAAACCAUCCAUCAUGGGUGAAGGAGAAGACGGAGACAAGGACACGCGGAGAAAGAGCAUCAGGAUGAAGCCCCUGCCGUCGCCCACCUCCGGGGGAAGCUGCAAAGGCAUCGGGGAGACCAAGAGCGGCGAGUCGGUCAUCAUGGAGACGGACAUCGGGAGACCGAUGAAGACCAGCUCCAACGGAGACUGCCGGAGGUUCAGGGGCAGCCUCUCGUCCAUUACCAGCCGCCAUGUGCACGACUCGGACUCGGCGGAGGAGAGGCGCCUCAUCACCGAGGGGGACGUCACCCCGAGUGAGGAGAGCCCACCCGGAGCUAUCGGUGAGGUGGCCCCGGAGCAAGGCGCGCAAGGAGGCGGCGGUAGCGGCGGUGGAGGCGCUGGCGGAGGUAGUAGCAGCAGCAUCGGUGGCGCGCCUCCAAACGAGUCCCAAGCGGACGCCCAGUCCGGGUUCAUAAAGUUGGAUGGAAUUGAUCAAAUUCUACCGGACGACGAGCGGUUGUAUCAGGCCGGCUUCAUGCAUCGGCAGUUCGGGGCCAUGCUUCAACCUGGGGUCAACAAGUUCUCCCUGAGGAUGUUUGGAAGUGAGAAGGCGGUCGAGAGAGAGCAGGAGCGGGUUAAAUCCGCCGGAUUUUGGAUUAUUCACCCCUACAGUGAUUUCAGGUUUUACUGGGACUUGACCAUGCUGCUAUUGAUGGUGGGCAACCUCAUCGUCAUCCCUGUAGGCAUCACAUUCUUCAAGGACGAGCACACGCCCCCCUGGAUUGUCUUCAAUGUGGUGUCGGACACCUUCUUCCUCAUGGACCUGGUGCUCAACUUCAGAACGGGUAUUGUCAAGGAGGACAACACGGAGAUCAUCCUAGACCCGCAGCAGAUCAAGAUCAAGUACUUGCGGAGCUGGUUCGUAGUGGACUUCAUCUCCUCCAUUCCGGUGGACUACAUCUUCCUUAUCGUGGAGACGCGCAUCGACUCCGACUUCUACAAGACGGCACGCGCCUUGCGGAUCGUGCGCUUCACCAAGAUCCUCAGCUUGCUGCGGCUCCUGCGUCUCUCGAGACUCAUUCGUUAUAUUCACCAAUGGGAAGAGAUCUUCCACAUGACCUACGACCUGGCUAGCGCCAUGGUGAGGAUCGUCAACCUCAUCGGCAUGAUGCUGCUCCUUUGUCACUGGGAUGGCUGCCUCCAGUUCCUGGUGCCCAUGCUGCAGGACUUCCCCGCCGAUUGCUGGGUGUCCAAAAAUAAGAUGGUGAACGACACAUGGGGACAGCAGUACUCCUACGCGCUGUUCAAAGCCAUGAGCCAUAUGCUGUGCAUUGGCUAUGGCAUGUACCCCCCGGUGGGCAUGACCGACGUGUGGCUGACCAUCCUCAGCAUGAUCGUGGGCGCUACCUGCUACGCCAUGUUUGUGGGCCACGCCACCGCCCUCAUCCAGUCUCUGGACUCCUCACGGCGGCAGUACCAGGAGAAGUACAAGCAAGUGGAGCAGUACAUGUCAUUCCACAAGCUGCCGGCAGACAUGAGGCAAAGAAUCCACGACUACUAUGAGCACCGCUACCAGGGCAAGAUGUUCGACGAGGAGAGCAUCCUGGGAGAGCUGAACGAGCCGCUCCGAGAGGAAAUCAUUAACUUCAACUGUCGGAAACUGGUGGCUUCCAUGCCUCUGUUCGCCAACGCCGACCCCAACUUUGUCACCUCCAUGCUCACCAAGCUCAAAUUCGAGGUGUUCCAGCCCGGGGAUUACAUCAUCAGAGAGGGCACCAUCGGCAAGAAAAUGUAUUUCAUCCAGCACGGAGUGGUCAGCGUCCUGACCAAAGGCAGUAAGGAGACCAAGCUGUCAGACGGCUCCUACUUUGGCGAGAUUUGUUUACUGACUCGAGGCAGAAGGACAGCAAGCGUCCGGGCUGACACGUACUGUCGUCUGUACUCGCUGUCGGUGGACAACUUCAACGAGGUGCUGGAGGAGUAUCCCAUGAUGAGACGGGCCUUUGAGACAGUUGCUCUGGACAGGCUGGACAGGAUUGGCAAGAAAAACUCCAUCCUACAGCAUAAGGUGCAGCACGACCUCAGCUCUGGCGUCCUCAACUACCAGGAGAAUGAGAUCAUCCAGCAGAUUGUGCAGCACGACAGGGACAUGGCCCACUGUGCCCACCUCCUGCAGAACGCCCCUCCCCAGACGCCUCCAUCACCUACCCCCGUCAUCUGGGCCCCACUGAUCCAGGCACCUCUCCAGGCAGCUGCCGCCACCACCUCAGUGGCUAUCGCUCUGACACACCAUCCCCAUCUGCCGCCAACUCUUUUCAGGCCUCAGGUGUCUCUUCUGGGGUCCCUAAAGGACCCUCCCAGUCGACAAAAGAAGUUUCACACAUUUGGUCCUUCAUCACCAGCUCCUGGUUCUGCUGGAGAUUCUCCCGCCAGCACACCCUCAAAAAGACGCACUGGGGUGGACAUGUCUUUGCUAGCCUCUUUUCAGGCUCAGCAUGUAGCAUCAGGUUCAGGGGCAGCUAGCUCCAACCAACAGGGUUCAGGAAACGGAAGCGAGUGUGGACAGAAUGGGACAAAGUCAGGAUUUGGUGCAAGUGCGACCUCAGCAUUUCCUCGCAGACCAUACUCAUCUUCUGGUUCGCCCUCAUCAAGUAUGGCCCAGCUACAUUCACUACCACAGCAUCAACAGCUUUUUCGCUCUACGACCCCACCUCUGUCGAACCUCUUCCACCAAGGAUCAACAGGUGGAAGCACAGGGUCGGGAAUAAGUGGCAGCGCAGUUGGAGCCUGUGCCAGUGCGUCAGACUGGCCUUCAGGUGGAGCAGUAGGGGGUUCUUUUGAAGGGGAAAGUGGAGGGGACAUUGCAUGGGCUGGUGAGGAUUUUACAACUGCAGCAGCAGAAGCAAGUUCACUGAGUCACUUUAGAUUGGGGUCAGCUCCUAGUGGAUUAGCUGGGGGUAUCUCAGGGGAAUCAGUGGGAGGGUCCUCUGAAGGAUCAGUGGGUGGUGCUUGUGGCAGAUCAGCGGCAGGGGCCACAGGUGGUGUUACCUGUGGAUCAGUAGCAGAUUCUGCCAAGAGAUCUUUGGGAGGGGUCUUGCGUGGAUCAACAGGAAGGGCUUCUGGAGAAUUACUGAUAGGGAUGACCACUGGCGGAUCAUUGGGGAGGUUUUCACUGGAAGGGACAGCAGAAGAAUUAAGUGUAUCGACGACCACUGCGGGACCAUUAGGAAGGGCUUCUGUUGGGUCAGUAGGAGAGACCUCUGGAGAGUUACUGGUCUCAACAACCGCUACAGGAUCAUUAGGUAGGACUUCUCUCAGGUCAGUGGAUGUGACUUCUGGAGAAAUAUUUGUACCAGUAACCACUGGUGGAUCGUUGGGGCGGGCUUCUGGUGGAUCAACGGGAAUGGUUUCUGAAGGAUUAACCGGCGGGGCCAUGAUGGGACCCCUUAUCGGGCUUUGUAGUGACUCUGUAACAGGGAAUCCUGGAGGAUCUCUAGGAAGGGCUUCCAGCGGAUCCGCAUCUAGUUACAUUAGUUCAAGUUUGCCAGGGGGAGGGACGAUUGGAUCGCAUAAAAGCAAAUCCACAGAGGGGGCAGUAGGGGGCCAAGCAGCAAGUGGCCCUGCAGGAGGGACCUCUGGAGCAGUUGCAGAAGGACCUAUUUCUUCCGCACACUGUCAGAGCCCUAUAUCUACUGGCUCCACCAGCUCCAUGCCAGCACAGCUUCUCUACAGUCAGCCCCCUCCCAAGCCUCCUCAAGUGACCCCCUUCCAACAAUUUGCAGGUGGAGGCAGGACUACCAGUGGCUUAAACCUCUUCCACUCCCCUCCACAAGGCUCUCCAUCCUCAAAUAGACGACAGAAUAGCCAACAGCCGGCUGAGGGUUCCCCAUCGUCUCUUGGUCAUUUUAGCCUGGCAGGCCUCCAGUCGGGAUUCCUUCCUCACCAGAUGUCCUUGGAGAGAUCUGCCUUGGCUUCUCUUGCCCAGUACGGUUCAGCAAAUGUCUCCCCAUGCCUUACUCCUGUGGCUCCGAGCCCAACUAUUCAAAGCCCUGUGAUGAGCAGGACUUUCUACUACAGCGACCCCUCCAGUUCCACAGGAUCCCACAGUUCUCCGCUUAUGCCUCAAUCCUCUCUUCCUACAUAUCCUCCAGUCCAGACACACACCACAGGUAGAGACUCUCAGCCCAGUCGCUUUUCAGAGGAUCUAAAGCUGCUAUCCAGCUCUCACCCAUCGCUUCCCCAGGAGAUGACCCAGGCAUUGGGCCACCAAACUACCUGCUCCUCUAUGGAAGCAGGUUAUUACCCCUCACCCUUUUCCUCACCAACUCUAAAACCCAAACCUUGUAGCUCAGUUCCAGGACAUAUGACACCUCCAGUCCAGCUUUCUCCAGGGCAUCCACAUCAGACUCACUCCCCCGGAGCAUCCCCUUCUUCAUCACUUCGGAGGGGGUCCUCUGCCUACUCAUCGGAUCUAGAAACUCAAACAGUCCGCUCUAAGCUUCCUUCCAAUUUGUGAGGAUUGAUCACACCCUCCUGCGCUCCACCGAACUGAAACACGAACUAUGUCACAUGUGGCAUUCUUUCCUUUUCUUUAUCAGACGUCACUGUGUUCCAUUUUCAUUUGACCUACAAUUUGCUGUGAUUGAAAACACACUUUCCCAGGUAACACUGUUUUAUGCUCUGUCCUCUUAUUAUUUAUACAUCAUCUAUAUAGAUAGAGAUAUAUUUCAGUGAUACGUUAAAUCAAGGAGGGUGUGAAAGUGAUCACUAUUUAUAAGGAUAGUCAGUUUCUUUACGCUGUUUGCAGGGGUCAGUUUAGUUGACUGUACACUAAUACUCAUUUUGUCUGCAGGAACCUAUGCACUAAUACCUGCAUUUAAAGCUUUUUGUGUGUCUCAAACAAAAGUUAUCUACAUUUUUGCUAAAAUGAUACCGUGUCAUACAGGAUCGCAUAUUGUUGAUUCUUAAAUGUACAGACUGUGCUUAUUUAUCAUGUGUGUAAACAUUUCAAAAACCUGACGACGAAAAAGAUUUUAGGAAACCAAAAAAAAGACUUCCAGUGAGGUAAUGUUUGACCUCCUCAUUUCCUUCUCCUAACACUUAUUUUAUAUCACUUUAUUGUAAUAAUAAUAAUACUAAUAAUGUUUUUUGAAGCAGGGCGAAGGAGGGAUGCGAACAAGCUACCCUCCAUCUCAAGAUAGCAGCAUGUGAGCGGCCGUGACCGUGUCCCAAACACUUUUGUCUUCCAAACCCAUGCCGCUGACGUGUGUAGAACGCGUGUGUCGUUGUUCUUCCUGAAUGUGUGCAACUGUUCAUGUAGCGAGUGUGCGCGACCCAGUGGAACAGUCGGAUGCAAGCCUGGACCGAUUUUAAAACGGAAUGUUGCCUUUUAUUUAUAGAACUUCCAUUAACCACAGCUUGACUGUGUAGAGCACGGGUGGAGAACCUUUUGUCCGGGGGCCAUUUUGUUGUUUAUGAAGUCCUCCGAGGGCCAUGGUAAAUGUUUGAAAAUGUAUGAUGCAAUUAUGGGUUAAUUUUAGGUUUUGGGGCUUUUUACAACAGUUGCGCUGAGAUUUUGUUGUAGCAUAGCAUGACACAAACCAUUUCAAGCCAUAGGUUCCCAACCCAUGGUGUACAUUCAGUUAUCCAGGUCAUGGUAUUCCACAACUGUUGACUCAAAGGCACCUGGAACCAAGAAGAAGUCCAGUUGCCUCAGAUCCAUUUUUUUUUUACUGCAUUAAUCAUAACUUGUGUGUAGCACUUGGACCAUUCCUAGCCCAAACAUAUAGAGAGCCUGAUAACAGAUUUACAGUUUUUACAUACAAACACAAGCUUCAAUGCCCCCCCUAAAGUGCUCGGAAUGGACAUAUACAAGUUAAUAUUUUAAUUUGUGCAUUAUUAUCUUCUAUGGCUGCUAUACCAUCAACAUAGGCAUGUUUCCUCGCUGAAGAUUAGCGCUGAGUUUAAGAUGUUGAAUGUAUGUACAUUUGUUGUUGCUAAAAGUCAAGUACUGUAGCACCAAACAAGACUGUUCCCUAAUUUUACAUGGCAGUUUGGUUCCAAUAUCUUGGGCAGAUGUUUUUAUCAGCAGACAAAAAGUUACGAUACACUCUAUAAUUUAAAGUUGCAUCUUCCCCAAUGAUAUAUUGCAAUACCGACCGUUUAACUGAGAGCUAGUGUACAAAAAUUGUUAUAUUGUUAUAGAGCAGGGAAGCGGUUGUUGAUAUUGAAUUCAACACCUCACGAUCAGAGCCUUACCUUAUAUCAAAACUGAAUACAUGCUAGUGGAAGCUGACAUUAACCCCCCGAGGGGAUAUGUUUCAACUAGUUGGUCUGUAGCUCAUCACCAAGACACACACACACACACAUAUUCACAUCCAGGUUCCACUCCCACAGCUGAGUCCCCCCCAACUCAGUCACAGCAGCCUAAUUUAACAAGACAUGUCUGUAAUCCCUUGACCCUCGCAGAGGUGUGCAGUGACCAUCUCCACUCAUUACGUUUCCCAGAAGUCCCCGUAAUGAGGAGGUAGAGCAAACACACAGGACGUGACACAAACGCACAAUUACACUGGCUCACAAAUACAAAUAGAUUUUUUUUAAAUACCCUUAAGAUUUGAUUCGAAUGUAACACUGAUUAAGUUAAGUUAUAUAAAGCUGUGAGCUGCAAGUCAGGUUCACAUUGUGAAGUUGCAGGAGGAGCUCUGAGUGUCUUCAGUUCUAAGGAAAUCAAAGAGUCUCGAGUGGAAUUUGUAGAUUUUAUUCAGUGGGGGGGGGGCACUCAAACAAAAUGGCUAUGUAUGUUCUCUGGCAGAUUAGAACAUAAACCCACUGUAGGAAUUUUGGGCAAGAUCUGACCUGAUGAGAGUUAUGGAAAGAAACCUUCGUACGUCAUACUUACUGUAGCUCUUAUUUAUUUGUAAAACUGAUCCACCCACAGUCAUAUAAAAAAAAAAAAAGACAACUGUGUCAGCCCCUUUUGUUUGUGCUCAAAAUGCUUUGUAAAACAAGCUAGCAUACAUGUAAUACAGAUAUCCUCAAAGUUUUAUAAUCAUCUAACAAAUGGUCAAUGACUUAUGGACAAUUAGUUGCUAAGUCUCGCUUGUGUCCCUGCAGUUCCGUGUUUUUCAACCAGUCUUGCUCAAAUUUUACCGACAUGUGCUUGUCAGUGUAAAAAGUAUGUACUAAAUGUCGUGAUGAUUCGGCUAAACACCCUAAAGUUACAGUGAGUGUUUUUGGAGUGCAUUGAGCUGUGAGAGAAAUUUUAAGUUAAUCCGAUUUCUGGGGUCAAACUUUGGAGUUUGAUAACGGUGCCACCAUGUGGUAUAAUCGUCAGAAAAAUGAUGCACAACACAGCAGAAGAGUUACACCGUGGAAUGUUUUAAUUUUUUCACAUGACUGUGUUGCAUGCUCAAACUGAACCAGGCAUACGAGUAAGCAAAACUACACAGUAAAAUACAUUUCAUUGUCAGUUAAAAAUGCUGAGGUCAAAUGCAAAACUUCCCUUUUCUUUCUAUACCGCCUACAAAAUCCUAACAUUGACAUCGGGGGUUUUCAAAGUGUGAGCGCUCCCCUUUGAGAACAUAAAACGAGAACCAAACAGUCCUCUUCUACUACAUGAAAAACAGAUAUUCUGGAGAAUAUGUUUGACUUCUCCGCUGUCUCACUGUCUAAAAAAACUAAACCUCUAUCCAUUUGCCUUUGACAUAACCAAAGUUAAAUAAACAGAAUUGGGAAGAGAGACAUGUUUUUUUCAAGCUGCUGCACCUCCCCUGAAGUCUACUGGUGGCCACACUUUGACAACCCUUGAUCCAUCCAUCUAUUUUCUAUGCCGCUUAUCCUGACAACCCUUGAUUUAUGUUUUAAAUCUAAAUUUUGGAACUAUGGAAACUUCAUUUACCCCUUCCUCACGGCCAAACCGUACUUAUUUUUUGAGGUGCCACUGUGGAAACACAAAGGUAGAACACAAUCCGUUUUGGGGAACUGGUCAAUGCUUGUUUGUUUUGAUUAAGAAACAGUUCUGCAACACUAUCAAGGUAAUUUUUUCUCCAAAAUUUUAAUCUAAUAGUGAAUUGUAAGUAGAACAGGUACAAUGGUUUGAAAAAGUGUUUGCCCCGUCCUGAUUUCUUAUUUUUUUUGCAUGUUUGUCACACUUACAGUACAUGUUUCAGAUCAUCAAACAAAUUUAAAUAUCAGUCAAUGACAACACAACUGAACACAAAAUGCAGUUUUUAAGUGAAACUUUUUAUUAUUAAGGGAGAAAAAAAAUCC